AUGAGCUUGGAGAAGUGCCAAAAUAUAACAUCUUUGAAUCUCUAUCUAUGGAGUAAUGAGCUUGGUGCAGAUGGAGCUAAGAACAUUGGAAUGAGCUUGGAGAAGUGCCAAAAUAUAACAUCUUUGAGUCUCAAUCUAUCGAGUAAUGAGCUUGGUGCAGAUGGAGCUAAGAACAUUGGAAUGAGCUUGGAGAAGUGCCAAAAUAUAACAUCUUUGAGUUUCAAUCUAUGGUGGAAUAAGCUUGGUGCAGAUGGAGCUAAGAACAUUGGAAUGAGCUUGGAGAAGUGCCAAAAUAUAACAUCUUUGAAUCUCAAUCUAUGAUUUGAAGAUUUCGAACACAAAUUCAAAAUUAAAAUGGACAAUUGAUAAAAAAUACAAAAAAUUAGAAAAUAUGAUAUUUUUAUUUGUAUUGAUAAAUUAAUGCAGCUAAUCACAAUUUUUAAGUAUCCAUUUAUAAAUAUUUUUUAUAUAUGAAUGUCUUUUUCUAAAUGUAAUAAAUCUUAUUAAAUUGAUAAAUAAAUAACAAAUUAAAAUUAUUAUUAUAAUGCAUAAAUAC